UCCUAGAGAAUCCGGGCUGCUGUGACCUCACAAAGAAUAAAUUAUGGAAAGUGUUCCACCAAACUCCUCAUUUUAAACUUCACAAUGGGCGUAAUUCAUGAACGGCUUCGUUUUUAUUCCAAAGAUAACCCCGAGCUUCUCUCUUCAGCUUUGCACCAGAUCCUUCCCCUGAUUUAGGAGCACAUCUGUAAAAUCCCACCAAUAUUAUGGGAAAGAAUCCCUGAUUUGGUAAACGAGGCACGGCCACAAUUCCCUGUGUUAGGUUUUGCUUCCAUAAGGAAAAUCACUCCAAGGUUCCCUGCGCACUCCAGUUUUUAGCCAAGAUAAGCUAAAAAAACCUCAUUAAUUCUCGCUGCAUUUUCACCUCUUAAUGAAACCAGGAGGAGAAAAGCAGGAAAUUCCGAGAUGAAAAGACCUGGCUGCUUGCCACCUGCAUUUUUGGGGUUAUUGCCCAACGCGGCUUUAGAUAAUCAUAAACAGCGAGCAAAACAAUUCCUGCGGCUCCAGCAGCGAUCCCUGCACCGGGCUCGGCUCCCGAGUCAUUAAAACGCUUUAGCAAAGGGUGGCUCAGCCGCCCCCGGCCAUCGGGGCAGGGUAUAAAACCCCUCUCCACCCUGGCAGCUCCUCACUGCCUCUCCCGACUCCUCCUCUCCGCCUCUCUGAGCUUCCCCAGCACCGCCGGGCGAUGGCUUCCACCCAGCUGUCCUGUGCCACCCCCUGCGAGCCCAAGUGUCCCCAACCGCUGGCCAGCAGCACCAACGAGCCCUGCGUGGUGACCUGCGGCGACUCGCGGGUGAUCAUUUACCCCCCGCCCGUGGUGGUCACCUUCCCGGGGCCCAUCCUCACCACGUACCCUCAGCAAACCGUCGUGGGAGCCUCGGAGCCCUCGGAGGUGGCCCUGGGCGAGCCCCCGGCCGCGCCCGCCUUGCCCGCCGAGGUCACGGCUGGCGACAAAGUGGCAGCGCCGGUGCUGGCCCGUCCCGAGCCGCGCUGCGCCCCCAAAUAUUCCUACAGCUACUCCUCGCAAUGGACUCAUCCCUGCAAUUCCUACCGCUCCGGGAAGCGCUGGACGUGCUGAGCGCGGGGAACGGGCAGCGAGGGAAAUCCCGGGUGGAAUCCCGGCUGGAAUCCCGGCUGUCCUUGGCGGUGCAGCUGCGGCGGCGGCCCCGGGGCUGCUCCGGCUCCUCCCAGGAGCUCAGCCCCGGCACAGGCGGGCUCGUGUUGCAAUUCCUCGGUUUUUCCCCUUAGUUUAGAGCUGUUCUCUCGCAGCUUUGCAGCGCAGUCGCCUGCUUCCGCCGUGCUUUGGCUUAUCCCCAAAGUGCUUUUUUACUGGCACUGAGCUUGGAGAGGUGACUUGAAAUGCUCGGAAUUGCACGCGGCAACGCUGCCAAAAAGGGAAAUUCCCCGUUUUUACAGGCGGCAUCACUUGGAUGGUGGUGAUUUGCCAGAGCCUCGCUGAACCCCCGGAACGAUGCUCUUUGUUUCCUGUACAGUUUUGUUCCACAAUUGUAGGAAAGCUUCUCUUUCCAAAUAAAUUUUCU